AUGGCCUCCAGGGAGCAGAAGGGAGCAAAUAAUGGGACUGAAUACCUCGCUGACUCCCUCUUGUCACCUCUCUUCCUGGGCUACCUGGCUUUACAGCAGCUGCCUUCACCUCCUGGUUCUUCUGGGCAGAAGGGAAAGUUUUUUUUUGCAGUGCAGUUCAACUUGAUUCCUGUGGGGCUCAGGAUAGUGGCCAUCCAGAGCACCAAGACAGGGCUCUACGUUGCCAUGAACAGCGAGGGCUACCUCUACACUUCGGAACACUUCACGCCGGAGUGUAAGUUUAAGGAGUGUGUUUUUGAAAACUACUACGUCACCUACUCGUCCAUCCUGUACAGACAGACCCAGUCGGGCCGGGCGUGGUACAUCGGUAUCAACCGAGAUGGACAGGUCAUGAAAGGGAACCGAGUCAAGAAGACAAAGGGAGCUGCGCACUUCCUGCCCAAACUCAUUGAAGUGGCCAUGUACAGGGAGCCCUCUCUACAUGACGUCGCUGAGCAGAGUCCACCCAGGAAAACACCCAAGACCUCCAGUGACUCACCUGUGCUGCAGAAUGGCAAGAAGGACCCUCAAUCCAAAACCAAAACCUCCUCCUCCUAGCGCUCAAAGACUCAACGGGUGGAGGACAUGGGGCACUGGGCGCCAGUGGACACCUGAACAGGAUUGUUAGGGCUACCCCCCACCUGCUGCCUGCAACACUGACCCCCUGGGAACUCUUAAUACCACAAUACACUGGACUAAAGUUGGAGAAAAAAGGAGCAGGUCCAGGCAGAGUGGAGCUGGCCAUUGGGAAGCCCCUUUUACCUUCACAGAUCCCCAUCCACACCAGCCCCUCUACCUUAUUAUUUAAUAACCUCUGUGAUUAUCAAAGCCUGGGAUUUAAAAGCAAUAACUCCAUGAAGAGGUGAACAGUCUCCUAGCAUCAUAUAGCAUGUCACCACAGCGUGUGUAACCUGCUGGAAGAAAAUCCCACUCAUCUUUUAGCCGUCAUCAGCAGCACCCUUCCAGUCAACCAAAUAUCCGAGCAAAGUCUUCCUGGUUUUACCACAACGGGUGCGGCGGUCAAAUCUGUCCCUCUGCAGCACACACUUUACAAAUGGGUUGUGUUUUUAUUUCCCCACAGGGUUCCAUGCUAAUGUUAGCCUGACACAGACACUGUCACAGAGACCCUUGCAGACUUUUGUUCUGCAGCCAUCUGCUCAGUCCACAUCUUCUGUGUGUCAGCAACUUUGUGAGAUGGCCUGGAUAUUUGUCAGCCCUGCUUGUGUAUGUUUGUGUGCGUGUGUGUUCCCUUCUUCCAUCCACCUUUGAUUUGAUUAGUUUGUGACACAGACUCAAUUUUCCACUCUGCGGCACAAGAAAACCCCUCCUGUCCUCUUUGGCUCUGUUAAUGGAGUCUGGGGCAUAAUCAUUCGCCCCUCAAACGAGGGGCCGAGAGCUCCCUCUGCACAUUGCAUAGCCGCACACACACACACACACACACACACACACACACACACACUCAUUAUUACACUGACAUUUACAUACACACGCGCAAAGGUGUAUGUGUUGUGCACACACUUUAGCGCCCUGAUAUCUAUGAGCAACGACCACAGAAAAUUAUGUCACGACUUAACAUACUUAACACACGCACUCACAAAUGCACACACACGCCGACAUGGUGGCGAGUGUGAAUGCAGGUUGUGGGAGAUGAUGAGGAUAUCAUCAGUGUGAUGGGGUACUGAUGGAGCCUGACUGUGUAGCUUGGCACUGUAAUUGGUUUUUUUCACUGUGGCUGGCCAUGCAUUGCACAAACCCACAAGGCCCACACAGUAUCUGUGGACCCUCUUUCACUCAAUGUGGUAUUCUUGUCUAAAAAACAGAAAUAUGUUUAUUUUUACAUCCCUAUUGUGCAAAUUCUGAUGAAUUUUAAAAAAUAUAUAACAAUUUCUUUAGAUUCCAUGACACCCCAUCACUGUCCCCAUGCAAGAAACAUUUUACAGUUUUUAAAGGGGCACUCCACACAUUUCACAAGUCAUGGGAAAUACUUCUCAGCCUACAGUUGUUUUUCCGUGGAGAGAGGAGAGAAAAUGACUCAAUUGACAGCACUUGAGUAACGCAGGGUUAGGACUGAAGAAAGCUAAAUUUCCAGGCUUGGGAGACAGAACUCUAGUGUGGAGUUAGAGAGAUGUGGGUAUUUACCAGGCAGUGUCCAAUGAAAUAUGCCAUCAAACUGCUAUAGGGAGUGUAAGAUCCAGUAUUUUUUUUAAGCUUGACCCAUACUAGGGAGUAAAAGUCACAGUAUCUUGACGUCUGCUGCAUGGAUUUUGACCGUCCUUUUUUAAAUAUGUCUCUUGAAAUUCCCCCAACUUUUUUUUGUUAAUCUUUUUCUAAACUUGUUCAGAUGAAUUACCAUAAAUAUAUCCUGGACACUUUGGUUAUGAUGCAAAGGAAUUCAGGCCUUUUUUACUUGUCAGUUCAAUGUCUUAUAUAUGUACUAUAACGAUUGAAACUUAAUAUAUUAUGAUUAAUGUGACUGUUUUGUGAGGUGGGAAAAUAACCAAAGUCAUAAAUAAUUAAAUAGAUAGCUGUGGCCAGGGCUGUUUCUAGCUUUUCGGGGGCCCUAUGCAAGAAGUUGUUUGGAGGACCCUCUUUUGUUAAACUAUGGGGGGGGGGGUCAUAGCAUCCAUAUAAAAGUGCAAAUGAUAAAAACACAUAGCAUACCAAUAAUAUAUAUUUGCCGUUAAUGUGGAACUAUAAACAUGUAACAAUAAGCCCUCUUCAUGAAAAUUUUCGGUCUGUUUCUUGUGAGGUCCAGUGGAGUCAGCUCAUCCAAAGACUUGGGAAAUUAAUCAUUUCUAGAGCCAGCUCCUUACCAACAAUGCCAUCUUUAUUUCCAAUUCUUACUGUGCUGCAGAGCUCGUCACACUGGUUGGAAAAUGCCUCACCAUCCAAGUCAAAAGUCAAGCAGCACUCCAAAUCUGGCUCGCAAGUCACCCAGUGUUUCACACCUUUCCUUUAAUGACUCAGUGGUGUAGUAGUAGUCUCUUCAUGGCAUCUCGGACAGGCUUGUCUGGGGCUUCAUGGUGUUUCCUUGCGUGUCUAAUCUUCUUUAAGUACAGCCUACAUAUUCAUCUCCUCACUUUUGUGUUUAGCAGAGGAGCGGCAAAGCCAGUGUCUCUGUAUCUUGUCAGCGAGACUGUUCAUUAAGAGGCCUUCAGACCGCAGGAUCUUGCUCACAUGGUUUACUUGGUUUAGGAUAUCAUACCAUACCACUGUGCACAUAUGGAAAAGGUUAUGACUGAAACUAUUCUGCCAAAGCUUGUGCUUCAACCUUGGUCAGGGUAUCUGUGGCUUGACCUCCAACAGUGCCUCCCUUCUGUUAUGGGCCUGGUACCACACAGCGUCGAUGCUGUGGAGCUGUUGACACAGCUCUACCGCCUCAUUGCUCUCCAGGAUUUCAGUGUCAAAGUCAUAUGGUCGUUUAAGAUUGCCCAUUGUUGUGGUGCUGCUGAUGGUAUCUGCAGACCCUUUUGCUGUAUCAGCCACCAUAAAAUUCAAUGUAUGCGCCCCGCAUGGAACAUUAACUGAGCAAGGAUUUUUUCUCCAGCAGUCUUGCUUGAACACGUUUGUUCUUCCCCUUUAUAUUGGCCCCAUUGUCGUGCGACUGUCCUCUGUAUUUGUCAAAAGGAAUGUUUAGCUACUCAACCCUGUUCAGAAUCAAAGAUGAGAAACCAAGAACUGUUGUUCGGAAAACCACAAGUAAUCCUAGAAAGUGUUGCUUGAUUUGCAUGCUACGUCCACUCUGAGAGGUGAUUGAAGCAAUCACCUCUAUUUGGAUCACAUUUCCAAAGUAGCUGGAAUGACUGAACUGCCCACUCUCCGCACGAUCAAUGUGCUGCUUCAUGACAGCAUCAAAUUUGGAAAGCAUCUCCUAAGAAAUUUCCAUUGUGUUGCUGGUGUAACGUGUUUGCAGACACCCUCCAUGCAAGAUUUUUUUCCGCUAGAGAUUGUGUGAUAGAGAUCAAGCGGGUAAGGACAUCUCUCUGCCUGUUUGUAGGCGCAGUUCCAAAUCCUUCUGUGUUUCCAUGCGGGUUGUGUGUCCAUCAUUUUUUCACGAGUACGUAAGCCAGAUCCGCGUUAUCUUUUCCCAAUUAACUAAUUUCCUCUAUAGACAAUGUUGAUGGAAGCUGCCUGUCUUGACUGAUUCUGACAGAACUGAGGGACAAUCACCUGAAUCAAUUGGUUGAACAAAAGAAGGGUGUGGCGCUCGUGAGUCCGCAGUUGCUGAAGAUAGACUUAGUGCUUGUCUGUCAGUAGGUAGUGAAGAUGGACUUGGUUUCCCCUCUGGCUCUGUUUGGGCUGGCCAAACUAUUUCAGACUGACAAAGUUUCUUAAGUUAAUCAACACAAUUUAUCAACAAGUAUUAUUCAUAUUGUAAUACCACAUACGUUACAUUACAGACUUGUAGCUUAAGGCACACCAUUUGAACACGGCUUGCUAUCACUCUCUACUGGAGGCGCUGCAAUUUAUCAUUAUCUGUCAACACACACAGCCCAAACACUGCAAUCCACAAGCCACAAACUCAAAGUGAGAAGAAUUAUUUGACUAUACUGCAUUAAAGGAUUCUGGAGAUUUCCCCAGCUACUCCCCCUCCCCACACUAACCCCAAACCCCUAAAAUUAGACAAUGUGGCAACUAUUUAAAAAUAUACUAAUGCUUGGACAGGACCCAGCUAGCAUUGCUCUAGUGGACCUUAUUUUAGUUAGACCCCUCCAUCCCCAACCUACUUGUUAGCCUAGCUGUGUGCACAGCAGCAAAGGCACAUUGGCUAACUAAUAGGUGAAAUACAAUAUACAUUGGUCAACAAUAGGACCUCAAUCAUUGAGUGAUGGUCUUAUGAUGACUUUGUUGACACAGACACAGCUCCCCUAUCCAUCACAGCAUCUUAAUAAUAACGUUUAUAGAUUUUUGGAUAUUUAGGGUUAGGGUUCACUCAACACAUGAGGGUGCUUGGCUACACCCGGUCAUUUUAAUUAAAACACAAUUUAAAAAAUCAAUAAAGAGGCUAAAAUGGUAGCUUAAGGGCCUCCCUGGUGGCUUCGGGGGCAUGGUCCGCAUAUAGCAAGAAACUGUCCUGGCUAUAGCACAUCAAAAGGAUGAUGAUUCUAAAAAAGGAGAUGGAAAGAUAGAUAUUUACUGUGAUUUAUUUGAUUUGACAUUUUUGUGUUUCUCUGAUGGACUCUCCUGGUAAAUGGAACUAUUUUUUUGAUAAUAUUUCACUAUUCUUGUUUUUAUGUGUUUCAAUUUGUUCUUCCCAUUCAACACGAAAAGCAAUCAUUUUUAAUACGAAACUUUGUUGGUACAAUAUGCCAUGCAGGGUAAUUGUUUCUGCCUAAUGUUGAUGUAUUGUGGGAAGCGUGGGGUGCUGUGUGUUCAGGAGGCAGAGGCUAUGAUCAGGGCUCAGAGAGACAUACGCACCAAAGAUGUUUAAUAAUUUGUGGUGAUGAGCAAAAGAAAAAGAGUUUUAUGAGAGAACUGCAGUAAUGUGGAGUGUUCCCUGAACACGCACGCACACACACACACACACACACACACGCACAUUUGCACACACUUCUCAUUUAAUGCAUAAUCCUCUGCUCCCCUGUAACCUGUGGUUGUAAAUAAUAAUAGCUGAUAACCAGUGAAGAAAAGAGGCGAGCUUUGAAGCAAAGUGAUCUGCCAACUGAGAGAUGAAGCAAACUUCACCUGUGCUUUUCUGAAGAGAGAAAGACAGCAGUUGAGAAGAAUGAAAAGAGGUUGUUUGAAGGGAAAGAUAGGUGAAAGGAAGUAAGGAUGGAUCAAAAGUAGAAAGAAAGACACUUCAACAAAUAAAUUAAAAUGAAGGACUUGUGAGGAAAGAAAAGAAAGUUACAGUUCAGUGAAUUGCAACCCAUUAUUUUUAUUUAUUAUUCAACACAAGCUACAGUUAAAACCUCAAUUACACACUAAAGACCUUAAUUAAAUUGUUAAAUAGACCCUCAGGUUGUUGUGUAUGACCAUUCACCCCCAUGGAUCUUUAAAUCCAGAACCAAAUGUUUGAGUACUAUUCGCAAAGUAAUUACACAAAUAUUUAAUUAAGUGAGGCUCCUGCCUGCUAGAAUAGAAUGAAGACUGUCUGGGACAAGAUAGAGAGAUCCUGUGAGAUGGGAGGAAAAGAGGAAUUCAGCAAGCAGACAUAGCCAUGACUUCUGUGAUAUUUACUUUAAGGGCUGUGAAAUCUUUGUUGCAAUAUUUUCUCAAGUAUGCGCCAUAUUUGUUGUUUUCAGAAUUCGAGUCUGAAUAGAAAGAAAGAGCUGUGAAGGAGAGUUAAGGGCUAAAAUUUUAGUUCAAGCUAUUAAUGUGGACUGUGAAAAUAAUGAUGUAAUUAAUGUAAUUAUGUAAUUUAGAUAAAGUUCAGAUAAGAGAUAUGUAACAUCCACUGAUUUUACACAUGAAAGUCACUUUACAACAGUUGUAAAAUUUCUUCUGUGGCUCCGGAAUGAGCUUUGUACAGGUGUGCUCAGACAGAAAGUGAAGCAAAUUUUCGCCUUUCACGUUACUUGCACAAAUUUUACCACUGGACUGUUACUGUACUGGCUAUACUUAUGUUAGCUGUAAGCUAGCUAGCAACCGACCGCGUCUGCAGUAAGUGCGUGCCUGUUAUUUUCUGUGAUUUACCUCCAGUCUCUCUCCUUUAUUUUCCUUUUUGUGCUUAAGUAGAAACAUUUUUAUCUUGCAUCAUGCAUCUAAAAUUCGCCUUGCCAUCAAGUUUGGAUUGAGCUCAAAUGUUUUAACAGGUAUGGGGAUUCAAAUAAGUGAGCAUUUAGGGGGCAUGGAGGGUCUAAUGAAAGAUGGGUUGCUUAGUGGGAAAUGUCGGCCCUCCGCUGCUAUAACUUUCACUAUUCUUUUUUAAGUCCCCAAACUUUGUGGAAGUGGAAUACUAAAUUGCUUGGUAGUCCCUUUAAAGCUAAAAAGUAUUUUAAAUUAUUUUCUGUUGGUGCGUAUGCUUGUACAGAUGAAAAAAAUGAUCGCACACGAGGUGGCAUUUCUAGAUAAGAGGACACGCAUAUAGACUUCAUUUGUUUGUGGUACGUGUAGGUCUACAAUCAUCUCAUUUCCUGCCUCAAACUCUGUGUUUAAGUGACUUUAAACUUUAGCCACAAGAAUCAAGAGUCUAUUAAACCAAGCCAUCAGAUCUCAUGACUGAGCGUCAGUCAACACUGACAUCUAGUGAUGGAUUCGUAUCUCAGUUAACACACUAUGAGUGAACAGUACAAAUGAUCCAUCAGCCACUUAUAGUUGCAUCGGCCAUUAGUAUGCAACUAUGCAUCAUCUGUUCAUUGUGCCACUGUAGAAAAUGCUGAUAGAUUAGCUUUUUUAUUCCAGUUUGCGAACUGACUUAUUGCAACAGUCAUCCCCAUGCUGGUCAACCAGGAUUAACUAUCCAUCAGACAGGAACAUUUUAUGUUUGUGCCCAUGCUGUUUUUGAAUCUCUUAUUUUUUCUGUAAUCUAAUUACUGUAAUUCGUUGGCAGAAACUGUAACAGAUAUUAUCUUUUGUAAUCAGAUUAAUCCUAUUAGAUGUUACCUGUUAUUCGAGUACUUCUGAACAAUAUAUUUGGGUAAGGAGAUAGAGAUAAAGUUUUUAAAAGAGGAAGCUUGAAAAUGUGUAUCCCACUCUGUUUGCAGCGUUAUUGUUUUCACUUUGCAGAAAGGUAGAAUUAAAAAAAUAUAAUUCUACCUUCCCAGACAGUUCGCAUGAUUGCAUGAGUGUGUGUGUGUGUAUGUGUGUGUAUCACAGACUCGUUUGCGUGCUUUGCGGUGUUCUUACUCUCCCAUUUUUCUCUGCUGUUAGUCUUUUGUGAAGCCUGAAAUCAACUUCUCUAAUCCAGCCAGUGUGCUCUGCGGCCUUCAGGCUUCACUUCAAGCGAUUCUGUGUGAAUUACCGGAUGUGAAGAUUGCCAUUUAUCUCGCCCGCUGUCUAUCUGAACACAUGUUUGAUUAGUGAAACCGUCCCAUGGCUGAAUACAUCGCCUGUAACUAGCUGAUAAAUCUCUGGAUUCAGCUCUAAAUGUUAAAUAUUGGCCAUUUGGAGGGCUUGGCAUCACCAUGUCUUUGGAGUAAAAAAAAAAAGUUGGGAGGUGUGUGUGUGUGUGGAUAUCGAAGGGGGUUAAAUGAUGUAUAUCUGAUUCAGCGGCACACUUCACACAUCACACACGCACACUUCUCUCCCUGGGGACUCCCUUCCCUCCCAUUUCUUCCGAGUCAGGGCCCUCCCUGCUUACUGAGCGAAUUACAACUGCAGAGAGGGUCAUCCGGGGUUGUGAAGGACUCAGCUAGAGAGAGAGAGAGAGAGAGAGAGAGAGAGAGAGAGACAUGUGUCACAUACUGUAGUGUACUCACAGUCUCCCUUUGAAGUUCCACUUCCUCUCUCUAAUCCUUUUUGCAAACACAACAUCCCUUUAACCUGGAGGCAGUAUGUGUGUGUGUGUGUGUGCUUUUUCUAGAUCUCAUUCAUCAGCUUUGGUCCUUGUGCGUAAUCGUUGUGUAACUGUGAUUGUUGUGAUUAUCUCUGUAUGUCCAUUAUGUGUAUCCAAGAAGAAGAGGGAAUAAAGUAUCAGGCAGAGAGAAAAAUAGAUGAUAAAUCAGAGGCCAAAUCAAUGAGCACGAGUCCUUGGGCAGAAAGCAAUAAACUCCAUUAACAAGGUGCAGCCACAUUAUCUAGGAGGGUCUGGAAAACAAAAAACAGGAUUAAUAUUGAUAUAGAAACGAAUUAUGUGUGUUUUUUUAGAGCUUUUAUUUUUCUAAGACUUUGCCCUUUUUGUGAGCUUGGUUGCUGUGUAUGUGCGUUACUUUGAGGUGGAGUCCCUUCACCACAUCUGCAAUGCAGCAGAAAACACAAAAAAGAGAGGGAGGAAGAGAGCGGCUCACGUGACAAAAAGAGUGACGCCGUGCUCGGACAGAUUUUCUCUCUCUGCCUCUUGUUUUUUUUUUUCUUUAGCUGCUUUGUAAAAAAGUGCUUUUAUGUCGGAAUCGGCGGACCGAGCACCUAAUGUCACGUGCUGGAUAGUAGUAACCAACAUAUUAACUUAAAAAAUAGAAAAAUCAGGCUGUGUUUUCAAAAGCACACACCCACAGUCCCUGGACACAUCUGCAUUGCUCACACAGCACCCUGCACCAAGCCAGCGCAGAUGUGGCUAAAUGGGGUGACCUUUACAACAGAUCAUGGAGGGACUUCACCUCUCACAAGUUAAUGCACCGACAAUGUUUUAGUGGUGACUUUACACUGUACUCUAUACUAAAAUGUCUUUAUUACCCACCUUUUCAAGUGUUUUCUUUUAAAAAAAGAGUAUGGAUUGUGUUUUGACUAUUUCUCAGUGUAAGUACUGUGAGUUUCUGAUUCUGAGUAUUGGUUUCCAUUUGAAUGCCCUUUUAAUGAAUCUUUGUUGAUUUGUCCAUGCGUGUUUGUUGAUUCAACGUGUUUAUUUUGCCAUUUAAAUGUAUAUCUGUGUCUUUUAUCCCAUCACAUACGUGGGAUAUUGAACAAUGGAGCUCAGUCUAUAAAGAGAGGAAAACUAUUUAUGUCAAGACUGUGGGGUCUCAAACCUCUUCCUCCUGAUCUCCCACAAUCCUCCAGCACUCACAUGUCAAUCAAAGUCCGACUGACUGACCUCUGACCUUCGAUCUGUUAACGGAGAUUUAAUUGGCUCGCCGACUGCUCAUUCACCGUCUGUCUCUCCCUCAAACACACAUACACACACACACACACAUCUUCCACCUGUGUGCGUGUGAUUCUGUGAUCGACCACUGAAGGAUUUUUUGAACGUUUGAUUCUUUUAUUUUUUGCUCCUCUUUGUACUGCAUGGACGAUCCAAGUUAUUGUGACAAAGUCUUCCGGAAAAGAUUUUAAGGAAAUCACCAUAAUCUUACUUUCCUUGUUGUCUUCCAAAUGCAAAAAGAGUGCUUCAGUCUUCCAGCUAUCAAAGCCACAAUGACAUUAUUUUUGUAUACAAAUGGGGCAAAAAAUAUAUCUAUAUAUCUCUAUAUAUAAAUAUAUCCAUGCAAAUGUGGUUCGGGUGCAAUAACUCCCCCUGUUGCUGGCAUGGUGGAACAACACAACUACUACACGCCAUCCAAACCCAUGGAUCACUUGGAGAAAAAGGACUACAGAGAGGCAAGGGACUUGUAGUUUGAAACUCCUGGGUUGAGGUAGAGGAUCACAGACAGGCGGGACUACAAGCAUGCAUGCGCCAAUCAUUUACUGGACACCUUCAAAGAAACAGUCUUUACCCAAUAUUUACUCUUUAACCCCUU